CCAAAGAACCGGAUAUUGAGAGAAUUCCAGUUCUUUGAUAAUUGCUUGAUGCAUAAUUAGAGUGGGAGGAGGAAGAGAAAGUAGGGGAGGAGCCUGCCAAAUGCUUAAAUCAUUCUUCACUCACUUUCUGUUCGGGUAUGAGUGUUUAUUUGAAAAAGUAUUUGGAGCACCUCACUUAGCAAAAGAAAUGGCCCCAACAAGUUUUGCCCUCCAAGUUCCGAAGGCAAAAGAUAUGAGCAUCUUCUGUAAGUAUAAUCCUGGGUAAGAUUACAUCGCUGAGAUAAUUGUCUGAUUUUAAUCUUAUUAAUGACAUUUCUGAUGUCAAUUUCACUACACUCAACUUUCAGAAUUUGAUGCUAUUUAGAAAAUAUGUGGGAGGUUUUAUUAUUAUUAUUACUAGAGGAGCAGAGAGCACAGAAUAACAAGCGACAGAGAGAAAAUACUGUUUGAUAUUAUACAUUUCCAACAAGAGAAACAUAUGUUAGAUAAAAAGACAUUUUUAUCUAACAGAUGACUGAUCAACUAUUUGGUGGAUUUGACUAAUUCAGUAUUUGUUCACCAGCAUACCUAGUUGUUGAUGUUACUGAAUUUAGAGAAGGGGAGAUGUAAAAAUCUUUUGCAAGUUGCUAUUAAACAAAAAUGCUUUAAAUUUAUUAUUAUUGUUCUAAUUUGUAAAAGUACAUAAAGGAGACUGGGUACUGUACAAAAGCCCAGCCCAUAAGCAAACAGUCUAAAAAAACAAAACCUCUCUGCAUUUUUUUUUAAAUAUUUUAUUAGUUGAAUAUAAAAACAACAUAUAAUCAAAUAUGAAAACAACAUAAUCAAAUACAAGCAAUCAAAUACAAUUUUCCCCUGCCCCCCCCCUCAAAAAAACCAGCCCCAACUAUGUCCAGGUAAUUACAUUAGUAAUAUAAUCAAAUAAAAAAUUAUUUCUCAGUUGCUGUUUAAAAAAUAGCAUUCCACAUGCUCCCAUGUGUCUCAGGUGGUUUAAAUGCAUGUUCUUUCUUUGAUGCAUAUGUAAUAAAGGAGGACCACGUUAUGGAAAAGUUAUGUAGUUUCUCAUGUUGUUUUCUUUAACAUAUCCUUUCUGUUAACUUUUCCAUCAAAAUUAAUUCCCAGACAUAAGCAUACCAAACUUCAUAUCGGUUCACGUUUAAUGUCCUCCAGUGUCUAGCAACAGCAAGACGUGCUGCAGUUAUAAGAUGCACAAUUAAGUCUUUGUCUCUAAGAUUUUGUGCUUCAUCUGCAAAUAUAGAAAGCAAUGCUAUUUUGGGAUCUAAAUUGAUUGAUUGAGAUGUAAUUUGUUCCAUUUCCUGAAAUAUUUUUAACCAGAAGUUUUUAAUCAAUGGGCAUUUCCACCACAUGUGUAUAAAUGUUCCUUCAUUCCCACAAUUUCUCCAACAUUGUGGAGAAAUAUUUUUGUCUAUUUUGCUUAGCAAUGUGGGGUGCAAGUACUUUCUGUGGGUUAGCUUUAAGGUGUUUUCUUUUAUUCGGGCAGAAAUAGCUCGAAAGGGGGCUUUUUGCCACAUUCCUUCCCACAAACCAUCAUCAAUCCCUUCUCCCAAGUCUCUUUCCCAUCUAGUCUUCAACAUACAGGGCUUUGGGGUUGAGAAAUUUACAAUCGCUUUAUAAAUUAAAGCAAUUAGACCUUUACCUCUAGGGUAUGUGGUGUAUAAAAUAUUUUCAAAUGCAGUUAGUGACUUCGUCCCUUGUUUGCAGAUUUCUGUGCUACUUAUAAAAUGGAUGACUUGAUGGAUUACCAUCCAAUUGUGGGGAAAGUUUUGAACCAUUUCUUGUAGUAUUAAUCCAGACAAAGGGGUGUUUUCUUUGUAAAAGUCUUUAAGCCAAAACAGGCCCACAUAUUCCCAUUUUUCAAAGGGGAAUGUUCUGUCUCUAUUAUAGAAAGUAGGGUGAAAUGCCAAUGGUAUUACAGGAGAAGGCUGAGAGACCAUCUGUGGGAACCAUUUCUUCCAAACUUUUAAAUUACUGUAUUUUUCGCUCUAUAGGACACACUUUUUCCCUUCUAAAAAGUAAGGGGAAAUGUGUGUGCGUCUUAUGGAGCGAAUGCAGGCUGCGCGGAUAAGCCCAAAGCCAGAACAGGGAGACGGAGCGCUGUGCAGCACUCCGUCUCACUGUUCUAGCUUGGGGGUGGCUGCGCAAAGCCUCCACAGGGCAGCGGGGAGCCUUCAUCUUGCUGCCCUGCAGAGGCUUCAAAGGCUGUCCCCAAAGCCAGAACAGCAAGAGGCUAUCCCAGAAGCCAGAUCCCUCUUGCUGUUCUGGCUUCUGGGGUUCAGAAUUUUUUUUUUCUUGUUUCCUCCCCCCCAAACUAGGUGCGUCUUAUCGUCCGGUGUGUCCUAUAGAGCGAAAAAUACGGUGGAUAAUAAAAAGGGGUUUUCUAUCUCAAUAUUUUUUUUUAUUAAUUUGCCCAAAUAGGACCCCUCUUAUUGAAUUCUGUUCAUUUGGGUUUUCCAUAUUUAGCCAAGCUAUUUCUUGAUAUCAUUGAACUACCAGAAAAAUGCUACAUAGAUGGGCUCCUGAAUAGUACCACAUGACAUUAGGUACUGCCACUCCACCUCCUUUGGCUGGUUGAUAUAAUGCUUUAUAUGGUAACCUUGGCCUUUUAUUCUGGUGUAUAAAUUUUAGAAGCAUGUUUUGCCAAUUUUGUGAUUUUUUUUGUCUUCUAUGGCAAUUGGUAAGACCCUAAAGAGAUAGAGGAGGCAGGGCAGCACCAUCAUUUUUAUAGUGGCAAAUCGGCCCAACCAUGACAGCGAACCCUUGUUCCAAGUUUUCAAUUUUUGUCUAAUCUCUUGGAUGAUUGGACCAAAAUUAAGCUUCUCCAAAGUUUGGAGGUUCCUGGGGUAAUAACUCCUAAAUAUUUAAAAUAUUUCUGACAAAGUUUUAUUCGGCCUCGGUCCUGUAUACCUGAAGGAGCGUCUCCACCCCCAUCGUUCAGCCCGGACACUGAGAUUCAGCGCCGAGGGCCUUCUGGCGGUUCCCUCAUUGCAAGUAGUAAGGUUACAGGGAACCAGGCAGAGGGCCUUCUCGGUAGUUCCUGCCCUGUGGAACGCCCUCCCAGCAGAUGUCAAGGCAAUAAACAACUAUUUUACUUUUAAAAGACAACUGAAGGCAGCCCUCUUUAGGGAAGUUUUUAAUGUCUGAUGCUGUACUGUUUUUAAUAUUCAGUUGGAAGCCGCCCAGAGUGGCUGGGGAAACCCAGCCAGAUGGGCGGGGUAUAAAUAAUAAAUUAUUAUUAUUAUUAUUAUUAUUAUUAUUAUUAUUAUUCCAGUGGAGUGCUGAAGUUGUAGUUCUACUUCAGGUGGCAUAUGAAUGCAUAGCAGGUCUGAUUUGCUAUAGUUAACACAAAACGAGAGACCUUUCCGUAAGCAUCAAGAAUUUUCAUUACUGCUGGGAAACCUGUUCCAGGGCGAAACAGCAUCAAGGCUACGUCAUCUGCGAACAUGUUCACCAUAUAACUCUGCCCGUUAAUUUGUAUUCCAGACACCUCAGGGUCUCCCCUAAGUGCUAAGAGCCAAGGGUUCCAUGGCCAGGGCAAAAAGCAGGGGUGACAAAGGGCAGCCCUGCUUCACGCCAUGGCCCAUCGAUAUAGGCUCUGAGUGUAUACCAUUUAUCAAAUUAUUUGCGGUGCAAUCCUGAUAAUAAGGUAGUCAGUAGUGCAAUGAAUGGGGUUCCCAUGCCAAAACCUCACAAGGUUUCAAAAAGAAAAUUCCAUUCAAGACAGUCAAAUGCCUUCAUUGCAUCCAAUGUAAGGGUGGCUGUUGGUGUCGGUUGGUUUGAUCCCCAGUAUAUUGCAUUGAGUAUCCUCCUAAUUGGGGUAGUUAUUGACCUUUGCCUAAUAAAACCUGUCUGAUCCGAAUGUAUAUAAUUCGGUAGAAUCGUCGCUAACCUGUGUGUAAUAAUGUUUGUAAGUAAUUUUAAAUCAACAUUUAUUAAUGAAGUAGGCCAAUAGGACUCAACCGACUCCAAGUCUUUAUUUGGUUUUGGUAGCACUACGAUGUGUGUGUUUUUCCAAGCUCCAGGUACCAGGCCAUGAUCCUUUAUAUCUGUAAAUAAUUUCAGCAAGAAUGGGGCCACAAGUUCAGAAAAGGUUUUAUAAAAAUAGCCAGUAAACCCAUCUGGUCCAGGUGCCUUAAAUGGUUUUGUCUUUUUUAUACUAGCUAAUAUUUCCUCAAGUGAGAAGGGAUGAUUUAAGUAAGCUGCAUGCUCUUCUGUUAAUUUUGGAAUGUUAACUGUGGCCAGAAAUUCCUGAAUGGCAUUUAGCAAUGGUAUAAGGUCUUAUAGAAUGCAUGAAAGGCUUGGUUAAUUUUAAGUUUAUCAUGUGUUAUUUCGCCUUUGCCUGUUUUUAUUGAGUGGGUUGUUCUGUUUAAUUUACGUUUCUUUAGUUGGUUUGCCAAGAUUGUUGUGUUUUUAUUAUUAAAUUCAUAGUAUUGUUGAUUUAAAUAUUGAAGGGAUGUUAUUAUUUUUGGUAUUUCUAACAUGUCUAUUUCUUUCCUUUUUCAAAUUAAUUUGCGAUAAACUCUGUUACUACAUGUUAUGUUUUAUUCUAAUUAUUUUAUUUCUUUUUCUAAUUGGAGAUGAAUAUUUUAUUUCCUUUUUUUGAUUCUACUCUUCUCACUGAUUAAUGUUCCUCUAAUUACUGUUUUGAAGGUAUCUCAAAUUAAAGCUGGGUUAUAUAAUCCUGUACCAUUGAUCUUCAAAAAUUGUGGUAUCUCUUUUAAAACAAAACCUCAAAAGUAUUUCCAGUGCAAGAUUUAAAAUAAUAUUCUGCCAAGUUGAAUUUCAGAAAGCAAAAGGUGUUGGGAGGACAGGGAGGGGGAGCUUGAACUGGUUGUGGAAAGCUCUAUUUUGACUCUUAAGUGUUACCUGUGGGAUUUUGCUCUUUUGCAAACUCCCACUCUUUCCGUGGAACCGAUGCAGAAAAGCCUUGCACCCAACUAAUAUUGCAUGUCUACAAUGUGAAUAGGUGUGUGUCAAUCUGAACUUUUGCUAUGGUUUACUACUGUACUACUGUAAGAAUAAUAAUAGUAAAGUUUUAUUUAUACCCCGCCCUUCCCGGUUCAGAAAUUCAGAAUUCAAAAAUCAAUUUAGGGGGGAAAUCCAUCCAAUAAACAUUAGAUGAUCACCAGGGCUAGCUGGCUAAAUUAGUCCCAUUUGGGCCAGCGAGGAGACCAGGGGAGAAUUAGCUGUGGGAUCCCAGAGCGGGUAAUCUUCAUAAAAAGGGGAGGGGGAGGGAAGGAAGGGGAAUAAAAGAUCAGGCUAAGUUCAAAUUGAAAGCCAGGCGGAAUAGCUCUGUCUUACAGGCCCUGCAGAAGGAAGUUAAAUCCUGCAGGGCCCUGGUCUCAUGGGACAGAGCAUUCCACCAGGUCGGAGCCAUCACUGAGAGGCCCUGGCCCUGGUGGAGGAUAAUCUGACUUCCUUAGGGACCGGGACCUCUAAACUAUGAUUAUUCAUGGACCUUAAGGUCCUCUGCAGGGCAUACCAGGAGAGACGGUCCCGUAAAUACGAGGGUCCUUGCAUUAGUAAAAAGACUGGCAUAACUUAAUGUGGCACGAGAUCUUAUCUCAAAUAUGUCCUAAUACAUUGAAUAAAGAUCUGCACAUGUCAUCCAGUUACCAGUAAAAGUUAAUUGACACCUGCUGCACAGACAAAAUGGUAAGAUAACUUUAAGAGACGAAGCAGACAAGGAGAAUCAUUUGUCUUUGCUCACUACGCUAAUAUUCUUUCAACUUUUACUUAAGCAGACCAAGCAAAAUGGGAAAUAGGCAGGGAAUUCCAGAAAGGAACAACACAACAACAGAGCUGUUAGACAUAGCUGUCAACCUUUCCUUUUUUUGUGGGAAAUUCCCUUAUUCCAGCGCUGUUUCCCGCUGCUUCCUGCUGCUAUCCCGGAUUGUUAGAUAUCCCGUAGACUGUCCCCGGAAUAGGUGAGGCUGCUGAUCCCUUAUUUUCAAAUCUGAAAGUUGACAGCUAUGCUGUUGGAAUUACAGGAACUGCUCAUCUCAAAGCCCCUUCUCCAUUAGAAUGCAUUGGCUAAAAUUAGUACAGAAACCCUCUCUCCAAGCUCCAACAAGGAACUUACUCAGCACUCUCAAGGAACCAACACAUGCCUCUCCUUAAGGACACGUAUUCCCUUCCCCUUCCCUCGCUUGCCUUGUCAUAAGUUUAGGGUCUGUGGCAAAAUUGUCACACUCACUUUCCGUAGGCAUUUGAGAAUAGUAGUGGAUUAAGACUCUCCUCCUGGAAGAGAGGGGAGUGGUUGUGGGCAGGAACCCGAGUCCUGCCUCUAGCAGGGGGCGUUAGCCCCCUGCCUCCCACUCACCUGGCUGGCACCCACGCCCAUCAGCAGGCACCCAACCAGGUGCCUCCGAGGGGGUGUGUUCAGCAGCCUAAAUGCUGCGGCGCCAGCCCCUCCUCUGCCUCACUCUUUGUCAUCCCGUCGCGAUUCACCCACCCUCCACUCCCUUUGAGCUCAGGGUCUUAGUUUUCCUUGGCCUUGCUAUGGACCUUAGGUUGGUCGCCCUACCAGGUAUACUAACCAUGUCGAAGCUCACAAGGGCAAAAACUCAAAUCCAUGGGUCAGGAUUACACCGGGUAUGUGCUGGUGUUCUACCAAGCUGUACAUUCCAUACCAGCUUUUCCCUCCCAAUGUUUUACACUACAACUCCCCUCAACCCAGGCCAGUACAGUCAAUGGUCAGGGAUAAUGGGAGUUGUAAGCCAGCCACAUUUGGAGAGCACCAGAUUGGGGGAAACGGAUCUACUGUGUGUGGUUAGUUGCAUAUCAGUAGUGUAGAUUUUAUUUUGUUUAAUUAUUUGUUGGUUUGGGCCUCAUGGCCCUACCAGACCUUGCCCACUUGGCACUACUUCCCAGUGGUGUAGUGUGGGCAGUAGCCCUGGGCGCAAAAUUGUUAGGGUUGCAAAAUUUCAACACCCAGUGCUGCCUCCAUACAGCCGUGCACUUCCAUUGCUGGGCUCCAUUGAAAAUGGCUUCUGCCUGCAAACCAGGAAGUGACCUCACCACCAGACAACAGAACAACUCUUGACUCUGCAGCUGCAAUCUCUUGGGUAACAUGGACGCCGUUAGGCAAUUGAAUGUGCAUGCGUACGCCGUCUGUUUACCUCCCACCUGAAGUAUAUGUAGGUUCAAGCAAGACCAACAGACGGGGGCAAAACAACUGCAUAUGCGCAUUUCUGAAGGCCUGGGCCACCCUCAACAUGAUCGGCUGUCUAAACCCCGAAGCUGUGAAUCGUAACUCGGAGCUUAAGAGCCAAUGCCAGUAGCCCAAAAUCUGAUAAUGCUACGUGAUUGGAUAUCAGGUAUCGAAUCAGAACACAGGAGCUCAGAAUCCUUAGUCCAGACAUUAAUCCGGUUUGCUCAGACAAACACAGACCACUGAAUACAUGACACUGCCCACCCCUCCAUGCAGCUCUGGGCUCUGGCAACCCACAGUACACCACUGCUACUUCCUCCAGAUUUUGCCCACAACGAAGUGACACUCUGAAAUCCCUCAAGGCAUUUCUUUUGCCACCUGCACCCCGUUUGUAUAUGCUUAGAGUUAAAAGAGCUCGAGGAAGUUUUGACAUCUUUCCACAGGGCCUGCAAGACAGAGCUGUUCCACCAGGCCUUUGGCCAGGGCACAGCCUGACCCCCUCCUUUGGUAACCCUCACAGAACUCUAGCCCAAUGGUUGCAUAAAUUUGAUUUGAACUGAUUUAUAAUGAAUUGAUUUUAGAAUACUGUAUUAUUUUACUGUUGUUAGCUGCUGGGGAGGGCGGGAUAUAAAUAAAAUUUUAUUUAUUAUUUUUUAUUAUUAUUAUUCCCUUUCUCAUAAUAGCAGAUCUUGGGACAAUCCAAUGAAGCGGAACAUUGGAAGUUUCAGGAAAGAGAAAUAAAAACACUUCUUUGCAUAGAACGUAGUUAAACUGUGGAAUUCACUUCCACAGGACAGUGUGGUGGCUUUAAAAGAGGAUUAGACAAAUGCAUGGAUGAUAAGGCCAUCAGUGGAUAUUAGCCAUGAUAGAAAUGUCGGAGGCAGGUGUUAUGUAUUGAAGUUCUCACCCUGGCCACCAGGGGGUAUUGUGUAUAUAGUUUUCACUCAGGUCCACGUCAGUUACUUUAGGCGGGAAACCCUGGGUUGUUGUUGCUACAAUGUUGACAGCCGGCUGCCUAUAAAAGCAGGCCAGCUGAGCUCUUUGCUGUGCAGUUCUGUUCCAGCUUACAAAUAAAGAGCUGCUUUGGAGAAAUCGCUGCGUCGUCUGCUAUGUCUACCCACUAUUGAACAGCAGUAUGCUUCUGAAUACCAGGUCCUGGGAAUCACAAGUGCAGAGAGCAUUGUUGCAUUCAGGUCCUGCUUGCCAGUUUCCCACGGACCUCUGGUUGGUCGCUGUGAGAAUAGGAUGCUGGACUGGAUGUGGCUUUCACCUGAUUCAGCAGCACUCCGGCUAGGCUGGGGUAAAGGUAGCUAAUGAGGUUCACACCAGGUUGGAAAGUCCAGACAGUUUAUUCAGCUAUAGCAGGAGGCACAGAAUAGGUUAACACCCAAAACAUUUGCACAACUCCUUGAAGGCCCCAAAACAUCAUUACAUGUGACGAAUGCGUGAUCAUGUUAACUGUUGGCUACAUACGCACAUGAUCAUAGAAAUACUGAAAUGAUUGGCUGAUUUGAAUGUAGUAGUAAUUAAUAAUAAUACAGUGGUGCCUCGCAAGACGAAAUUAAUCCGUUCCGCGAGUAUCUUUGUCUAGCGGUUUUUUCGUCUUGCGAAGCAACCGUAUUAGCGGCUUAGCGGAUUAGCGCUAUUAGCGGUUUAGCGGCUAUUAAAGGCUUAGCGGCUUAGCUGCUAAAAGGCUAUUAAAGGCUUAGCGGCUUAGAAAAGGGGGGGGGAGCGAAAAAAAAUCUCAAGACUCGCAAGACAUUUUCAUCUUGCGAAGCAAGCCCAUAGGGAAAUUCGUCCUGCGAAGCGCAUUGAAAAACGGAAAACCCUUUCGUCUAGCGGGUUUUCCGUCUUGCGAGGCAUUCGUCUUGCGGGUCACCACUGUAAUACCCCAGCCACUCUGGGCAGCUUCCAACACAUAUAAACUCACUGACAGGGGUGGCAUGGGAUGGGGGUGAGGAUGGCAGUAAGGAUGCAACGGUGCAGGACCACUAGCAGAAGCAAUCUGGUGUUUCCACUGUGCAGUACUGUACCUUGUUGCUUAAUAGCAUCAAGCUCAGUCAUGGGUAGCAAAAGGGAUAGUUUUGCAAUCACUCUUCAGUUAGAGCUUUAGUUCCUUAAAAAGCAGGUUCUAACAGGGUUUGUGGUCAAACUCAUCUUCUGCCCCCCCUCCCUCCAGAACAAUGUCUUUAGACAAUGACAGGAAUCUCCCAACCACAAAGUCUAUUGAAAUGGGACAGUUGGAGGAUGGAUGGUUGUUAAUGGAUGGAGGUUGAAUCCCGACAAAACAGAAGUACUGUUUCUGGAUGGCAGGGGGGGCAGUGUGGAGGACUCCCUGGUCCUGAAUGGGGUAACUGUGCCCCUGAAGGACCAGGUGCGCAGCCUGGGGGCCAUUUUGGACUCACUGCAGUCCAUGGGGGCACAGGUCAAUUCUGUGUCCAGGGCGGUUGUCUACCAGCUCCAUCUGGUACGCAGGCUGAGACCCUACCUGCCUGUGCACUGUCUCACCAGAAUGGUACACACCCUGGUUAUCUUCCACGUGGACUACUGCAAUACACCCUACAUGGGGCUACGUUUGAAGGCGACUCAGAAACUACAACUAAUCUCAAAUGUAGCAGCUACACAGGUGACUGGGAGCAGCCACCUGGAUCAUAUAACACUGGUCCUAAAGGAUCUACAUUGGCUCCCAGUGUUGUCCAAGCACAAUUCUGUGCGGACCUUUAAAGCCCUAAAUGGCCUCGGCCCAGUAUACCUGAAGGAGUGUCUCCACCCCCAUCACUCAGCCCAGAUACUGAGGUCCAGCUUCAAGGGCCUUCUGGCGGUUCCCUCACUGCAGGGAGCCAGACAGAGGGCCUUCCUGGUAGUGGCACCUGCCCUGUGGAACACUCCACCAUCAGAUGUCAAGGUGAUAAAGAACUAAACAACUUUGAGAAGACAUCUGAAGGCAGCCCUGUAUGGAGAAUUUUUAAACUUUUGUGUUUUGUUAUGUUGUUUUAUCUGUUGGAAGCCACCCAGAUAUUAUUAUUAUUAUUAUUAUUAUUAUUAUUAUUAUUAUUAUUAUUAUUAUCAUCACCACCACCACAGUUUGGCUUUUGUUUUUACAAACAUCAGGUGUGAGCUAAAUAGGUAGUGCUAAAUAUGUCAUGUCAUUUACAAGCAGAAUCUUAACUGGGGAGAAACAACUAGUUGGGGAAAAGCAGUCAGGAUUCAAGCACUGCCCCUGUCAGAAUUUUGAGGCCACUCCAAUUUUGUUUUGAAACCUCCUUCCAUGCCAUUGCUAAACUGGUAGGCAGUUUGCAGCUAACGCACCCAAGGUUCAACCACUUGACCGUUGAAUGUGUUUCUUCUGCUAUGUACACUUCACACUUGGCCAGUCUUGGGAGAGGCUUGUAAACAGCUAAGAACAUCAGGGGAGCUUGCUGGAUCAAGCCAAUGGCCCAUCUAGCCCAGCAUCCUGUUCCCCCCAGCAGCCGCCCAGGCGCAAGCAUAAGAGCACUCUUCCCUCCUGCCAUUUCUACAAACUGCUUUCCAAGAGCAUUUGUGCCUCCAACCAAAGGGACAUGGAUUGAGCAUGGAUGGCAGAAUGUGGACAAACAGGAACAUGCAGACAAAUAUACUUAUUCUAUCCAUUUGUGUCUUUUGCAUUCCAGUUCUUUCGGCAUUGCUAUUCUUUUCUGCCCUGCGAAGCUGCUACACAGAUGAUUCUAGUCUGCUGAAAAGGUGCUUCCAGGAUGCCGAGUAUGAGAAUUAUCUAGACAUAGCCAAGAACGGGCUGGGCAAAGCAUUGCACCCAAGACAUGUGCUGAUCGUAGGAGCAGGCAUGGCAGGCCUCAGCGCAGCCUACACUCUCACAGAAGCUGGACACCAGGUAAGGGGUCCUUUAGUCCUCACUGGUUCUCUGCUUCCGAGGUUGCCCCCUAGGGACCUGCGUAUUGAUUUGUUUGCACAAAUUCUGUGCAAAGGUUAAACCACUGUGGCUCUUUGCUGAGUAUUCAUUUUUUACUUUGCACGGAGGUUAGGUGUUGCAUCAAAGGAAGUGUUAUUCCACACUUCACACAGCAUUCCCCUUUUCUUCUCACAAAGAGUCCAAUCGGGGAGGUGGGGGUUAAGGUUUGGUAUUUUGGCCGCAGCAGAUCUCACAAGGGCAGCCAUUUAGCAUGGUGCAGACCUCAUCUGGUAGUUGGGGAAACUAGGCCAAAAUAGGUGGGGAGGCGUAAGGAGCUGUCGUAGUUGUGUGCUGCCAACCACAACAGAUCUCAGUAGAAGGAGAAGCCAGCCAAUCAGUCAAGUCUCAGGGCGGUACUUGCCUGGAGGCAGAGGCUGUAUGCAAGGUUCAGUCCAGUCAGGAGUAUCUCGGUUCACGUAGUCAAAUGAUCUGGGAGUCAAGAAAGCAGAAGGUCCAAGGUCACGAGAAGCAAGAACCAGCAAGGUCUGGUCAGGAAGGACAAAUGUUGUUUCCAGCAACUGACUGAGGCUGGAAACCCUGCUUUAAAAAGCUGGAGCCAGCUGGUUCUCCUCAGGAGCAAGAAGGCUGAUCAGUAGCAGGUGGAGUCACUCUGCCUUCUGCUCAUUCAGGCUGCUGCUCAGCAGGUGAAGCUGACUCCUGGCCCAUGACAGGAGCAACAGGUGAAAUCAGAAUCAUAGAGUCGGAAGGGACACUGUGGGUCUUCAAGUCCAGUCCCCCUCAAUGCAAGAAUCUCAGCCAAAACUUCCAUGACAGAGGGCCAUCCCAUCUCUGCUUAAAAACCUCCAAGGAAGGCGAAUCCACAACCACCAGAGGGUUGAAAUUGAACAUCAGUCCCUUGUAAAUUAGCCCUGAGAAAUGGAGAAACCCAUGUGGCCAUGCUGAUUUAUCAGCUGGAUGCUGGGUAAGUCUCUCAACUGCCCUCAAGAAUUGGAAAUCGAGGCAGGCUAUUGUAGCAUGAAGCAGUAGCUGGAUUGAUACAGCAGUUGCUGUCCUGUUUGCCUUCAGGUGACAGUUCUUGAAGCCAGCGACCGCGUGGGGGGACGAGUGGAGACGUAUCGAAACGAGCAAGAAGGCUGGUAUGCAGAUCUGGGGCCCAUGCGUUUGCCUCAGGUACACAGGUGAGACGGGAGGUUACCACAUGCCUUUCACUUCAUCUGCUGAGCAUGCAUAAAUCCCGCCUUGCUCAUCCGUGACGGCUCUUUCCACGGACAUGUGUCCUGGUGCGCUUGGCUGUGUGGGAGACAAAAGAGCUGUUGGCCUGUUGCAUGAGGAAGGAAGUGUAUAUGGAAUUGAAGACAAUGUAUGACUUCUAGGAUGUGGCCCACUAGUUGGAGAAAAUCUUGGCUGCGAGGCCUAUGGCAGUUUGUUUUCUGUGAACGCGACAGAGCUGAUGGGAGGAGGAGGAGGCAGGACCUCUUCUGGGAACACUCAUUAUUCCUCCCUUCCCCAGGGUGGCAAACAUAGCUCACCUCCCUUUUGCCCCACAAUGCACCUGUGAAGAAGAUAAAGUCGAGAGAUAGUGACUAUUUGUAAGCGCUGGGCAAUGGGAAGCUGCUGGGGCAACCCAGUCAGAUGGGUGUGGUACUAUAAUAAUAAUAAUAAUUACUACUACUACUACUAGGUGUUUAGGAAGUGCUGUGCACAGGGCUUACCAAACCUUUUUUGCUAUCUCUCCCACCCCCAGUCUGUUUAUAUAUUCAUUAUAUACAGUGCUUUUUUCUGGGGGGAUGCAGGGGGACACAUAGCCCUAAACAUUUUGUGAAUCAAAGUUUGGCCUCACUGAGAGGCAGUAUUUCAAUACGAGUAGGAAAAUGAGAGUAACCCUAAACGUUUUUUAAUAUGUGAUCAUAUAUAUAUAUAUAUAUAUAUAUAUAUAUAUAUAUAUAUAUAUGGUGGCGGGUGGGUGAUUAAUAUUCUGCAGCCUUUGAAAUGUGCUUGUGUGCUCCUGUUUUGACUAAUUAUAUGUGCUUUUAUCUUGUGAACCGCCCUGAGAUGAAGAGCGGUACAGUCAUUCCUUGGAUUUCGAACGCCUUGGCUCCCAAACGAUCGAAACCCGGAAUUGAGUGUUCUAGUUUUCGAACGAUUUUCGGAAGCGUACCGUUUGGCACGGCUUCCGGUUGGCUGCAGGGCCUUCCUGCAGCCAAUCAGAAGCCGCACUUUGGUUUCCGAACAUUUUGGAAGUCAAACAGACAUCCGGAAUGGAUUCCAUUCGACUUCCAAGGUACGGCUGUAUAUUAACCUAGUAAAUAAUGAUAACAUAAUAAUAAUAUCUGCGUCUGACCGUGGAAGCACAGCAUAUCCAUCAUGGCCAGUAGCAAUUGCUAGCCUUGCCCUCCAUGUGUUGAUCUAACCCUCUUUUAAAGGCAUCCAAGUGGGUGGGCAACGCUGCCUCUUGGAAAAGCAAAUUCCACUCUUUUGACUAUGCACUGUCCCCUUCUCAUGCCCCAGGAUCGUCCACGAAUAUGUCAGAAAGUUUGGCCUGAGUCUGACGGAAUUCUUUCCAGAGGAUGAGAAUGCCUGGUAUUUGAUUGACAACAUCAGGAAGCGAGUCGGGGAGGUCAAGAGGAACCCCAGCCUCUUGAAUUACACUGUGUAUCCCUCAGAAGAAGGCAAAACCGCUGGUCAGCUGUAUGCGGAGUCCCUCCGUCAGGUUGGGAUGCUUUUUCUGCUUCUUUUAAUUGGGAAAACAUUCUGUGUCCUGUUCCAAACAUUAACACCGUAAGGUGGAAAGAACCAAAAGCCAGUCUAGCCAACACACCCUCCUAAAAUAUAUUGUAGAGUUGGGAAAGGUAAAACGACCAAGCGACUGGAGCAACUCCUCUAUGAGGGAAGGUUACUAUAUUGGGGGAUACAUAUUUUUACAAAGUGGAGGCAUAAGGAUAUUUAAGACUAAAAGGUAAAGGGACCCCUGACCAUUAGGUCCAGUCGUGGCCGACUCUGGGGUUGCGGUGCUCAUCUCGCUUUAUUGGCCGAGGGAGCUGGCGUACAGCUUCCGGGUCAGUGGCCAGCAUGACUAAGCUGCUUCUGGCCAACCAGAGCAGCGCACGGAAACGCCGUUUACCUUCUCGCUGGAAGGUAUUUAUCUACUAUUUAUCUACUUGCACUUGGACGUGCUUUCGAACUGAUAGGUUGGCAGGAGCAGGACCGAGCAAUGGGAGCUCACCCCGUCGUGGGGAUUCGAACCGCUGACCUUCUGAUCGGCAAGUCCUAGGAUCUGUGGUUUAACCCACAGCGCCACCCGCGUCCCAUUUAAGAUUAUGUGAUGCUAAAUAUUAUGCAUGGUAUACAGAAAGUGGAUGGGGUUUUUUCUCCCUUUUUCACAACACUAGAACUUGGGGGCAUCCAUUUAAGCUGAAGGUUAGAGAAUUUGGGACGGAUAAAAGAAAGCACCUCUUCAGGCAGCAUAUCACAUUGUAGUAAUCAUCGUCGUCAUCAUCUGUUACUUAUAUCCUGCCCAUCUGGCCAGGCCUCCCCAGACACUCUGGGCGGCUCCCAACAGAAUAUUAAAAACAUGAUAAAACAUCAGAUAUUAAAAACUUCCCUGAACGGGGCUGCCUUCAGAUGUCUUCUAAAAGUCAGAUAGUGAGUGUAUUUCCUUGACAUCUGGUGGGAGGGCGUUCGACAGGGCGGGCGCCACUACUGAGAAGGCCCUCUGCCUGGUUACCUGUAACUUCACUUCUCGCAGUGAGGGAAUCGCCAGAAGGCCCUUUGCACUGAACCUCAGUGUCCGGGCAGAACGAUGGGGGUGGAGGCGCUCCUUCAGGUAUACUGGGCCGAGGCCAUUUAGGGGCUUUAAAGGUCAGCACCAACGCUUCGAAUUGUGCGCAGAAACGUACUGGGAACCAAUGUAGGUAAACUAUGAAAUGCAUUCUGACUUUUUCUUUAUGGUCAUCCCAGUUUGAAGAAGAGCUGAAGAGGACAAACUGUAGCUACGUGCUAGAUAAAUAUGACACCUUCUCAACCAAGGUAAAAAAGAACGAUUCUCCCCCCACCCCGCGCGCGUGCCUUUUCUUUUCUUUUCGUUCUUUGGAUGUUACCAUGGCCUUUGGCUAGCGCAAUAAAACCCAAUAAGUUAACAAAACUAGCUAAAGCAAAGCCCCAAACUUGCGACGUGCAAAGUUUCAGUAAAAACUUAAUUGGCGCACUUCUGUUAUAUUAUUAGAAUAUUACACAAGCCUAUAGUAGUUACCCAGCUUCCUAGGUAUCCCACCUAGAUAUCCUGGGGAGCAGGGGCACAUGAAGAAGGGCCUCAGGGGAUCAUUGCAGGGUCCAGGUUGGUUCAUAUGGGGAGAGGCAGCCCUUGACCCUUUGCAGUCCUGAGCCGUUUAAGGUUUUAUAAAUCAGAACCAGUACUUUGAAUUGGGCCCAGAAACUCAUGGGCAGCCAGUGCAGUCAGAUAAAGGAUAAAGUACACUUGCAGUCAGGCCAGGAUAAAGUACACUAUGCUCAAACUGUCUCGCCCUGGUGAGCAACCUGGUUGCCAAAUUCUGCACCAGCAAAAUUUUCCCAACUGUCUUCAGAGGCAGCCCCAUGCACAACGUGUUGCAGUAAUCUAACCUCGAGGUUACCAGAGUAUAGACAGCAGAAGUUAGUCUAUCCCUGUCCUGGAUGGAGGCCAGUGUUGCCCGUGGCACACUGGCUGAAAACCACUGUGCUAAAGAAUAGGUUUCCCCCGGGGAAAGAAGCAGACCUCUUAGAACUGUGCCUAGGAAUUUCAGGACAAACAGAAGGGUGGAUGAGCCCUAAGGCAGGCAUAGGCAAACUCGCCCCUCCAGAUGUUUUGAGACUACAAUUCCCAUCAUUCCUGAACACUGGUCCUGUUAGCUAGGGAUGAUGUGAGUUGUAGUCCCAAAACAUCUGGAGGGGCGAGUUUGCCUAUGGCUGCCCUAAGGCUAUGUUUACUUACCUGGGACUGAAAGUAAGCCUCAUUGAACUCAGUGAGAUAGAUAUAUAGAGGACUGCACUGCUACUUUUUGCAGGAUCCAAUUCCUUGCUUUCCAGAAGAGUCAAAUCCCAAAGCCUGAGAACCUCAGGAUGUCUCGUGUACUAGAUUCCAAAUUCAGUUGUUGCUUGGUGGUGUGUUUGCUUAAGUGUCUUUGUUGAGUGCCGUCCUUAAAGGUGGUUAUUCCCCCCUCCUCUUCCCAUAACAGGAAUAUUUAACUGAAAUAGCAAAUCUGAGUCAUGGAGCUGUCGAAAUGAUUGGGGACUUGCUCAGUGAAGAUGCUGGCUAUUUCGAGUCAUUCGUUGAAAGUAUGAGAGAUGCAAUGAUCUUCUCUUCUGGAAGGAGGUAAGCAGAAAUACACAUUGCAAGGAAAUAGGGAGGAUUUAUUCUUGCUGAAAGGGACAUGGGUGGUGCUGUGGGUUAAACCACAGAGCCUAGGACUUGCCGAUCAGAAGGUCGGCGGUUCGAAUCCCCGCGACGGGGUGAGCUCCGGUUGCUCGCUCCCUGCUCCUGCCAACCUAGCAGUUCGAAAGCAUGCAGUGCAAGUAGAUAAAUAGGUACCACUCUGGCGGGAAGGUAAACGGCGUUUCCGUGCGCUGCUCUGGUUCGCCAGAAGCGGCUUAGUCAUGUUAGCCACAUGACCCGGAAGCUGUACAUCGGCUCCCUCAGCCAAUAAAGCGAGAUGAGCGCUGCAACCCCAGAGUCAGUCACGACUGGACCUAAUGGUCAGGGGUCCCUUUACCCUUUACCUAUUGUUGCUGAAGUAAAUACAGUGGUACCUCGGGUUAAGUACUUAAUUUGUUCUGGAGGUCUGUUCCUAACCUGAAACUGUUCUUAACCUGAAGCACCACUUUAGCUAAUGGGGCCUCCUGCUGCCACCGUGCCGCCGGAGCAUGAUUUCUGUUCUCAUCCUGAAGCAAAGUUCUUAACCUGAAGCACUAUUUCUGGGUUAGCGGAGUCUGUAACCUGAAGCGUAUGUAACCUGAGGUACCACUGUAAUCUGCUCUUCUUCAGACUAGGUAGCCUUUUGGUUCAUUUCUAAAACUAGGACUGUAGGAACGUCUCGGGACCUCAAUACCUUAGGAAUGCCUCUCCCCAUACGAACUGACCCAGACCCUGAGCUUGUAAUCCAAGACCUUUCUCUAUGUCCCCCGUCCCCCCAAGAGGUUCGGAGGAUGGCAACACAAGAACAGGCCUUUUCUGUGGUGGCUCCCCGUCUGUGGAAUGCUCUCCCCAGAGAGGCUUGCCUGGUGCCAUUAUCAUGGGUGUAGCUAAGGGGGGCAGGGGGCAGCACCCCCCCAUAAAUAAAAAUCUAUAAAAAUGUAUAGCAAGCCGAGGUUCUGCCUCCCCAACAAUAGGCCUCGCCAACAAAAGGGCUACCUCCUCAACAAAAGGCCUGCCCCACCCCCAACAAAAAUCCUGGCUACGCCCGUGGCCAUUAUUACAUAUCUUUAGGCACCAAGCAAAAACAUUCCUCUUUAUUCAGGCCUUCAGCCAUUAAAUCGAUGACCUGUUAAAGGGAUGGGCGGACUGUUAUUAUGAUUAUUUUAUCAUGCAGUCCUGUAUUAUGCUCUGCAUUUUAUUAUUUUGUUCUUAAUGUUGUACACCACCCUGGGAUCUUUGAAUAAUGGUUGGUAUAUAAAUCAAAUUGAUGAUGAUAGAUUAGAUAGAUAGAUAGAUAGAUAGAUAGAUAGAUGGAUGGAUGGAUGAUAGAUAAAAUAUGCUCCCUCUCCCUACAACAAAGUCAACAUAAAGAUGUAAGAGUCCAGCUGGCUCUUGCGAAAGUUCCAUCUAGACCAGAGGCCUAUGGGAAGCCUGCAAGCCGGACCUAAGCUCAAUAGCCACUCUCCCCACUUGUGAUACCCAGCAUGCAUUGAAUCAUAGAUUGCAGAUUUGGAAGGGACCCUGAGGAUCAUCUAGUCCAACCCCCUGCAAUGCAGGAAUUCGCAGCCAUCCCUUAAGGGGAUUGAACCUGCAACCUUAGAAUUAUCAGCACCACACACUAACCAGCUGAGCUAUCCCCUUGGAUAAUAUGCAGUGAAACCUUGGUUCUCAAACGCCUUAGUACUCAAACAACUUGGAACCAAAGCACUGCAAACCUGGAAAUAAGUGUUCCCGUUUGCGAACUUUUUUCAGAAACCAAAUGUGCUCCGUUUUGAGUGUUACGCUUCCAUUUUGAGUGUUAUGCUUCCGUUUUGAGUGCCAUGCUGAGGUCUGUCUGUUUUUAUUAUUUAUUUUGCAUUUUUGUGGCUCUUUUUUUGUUUUUGUGACUGUGUGGAACCCAGUUCAAUGCUGAUUCAUUAAUUGAUUGUGUAACGGCAGUACAUUGAUUAUUGUUUCAUUUUAUGGAUCAGUGGUCUCGUUAGAUAGUAAAAUUCAUGUCAAAUUGCUCUUUUAGGGGUUGUUUUUAAAAGUCUGGAAUGGAUUAAUCCAUUUUUCAUUACUUUCUCUGGCAAAGUGUGCCUUGGUUUUGGAACGUUUUGGUUUUGGAAUGGACUUCCAGAAUGGAUUAAGUCUGAGAACCAAGGUACCAUUGUUUCCACAAUUAAUAAAAGCCAUUGAAUACCUUCCAUAAACUUAUCUAAUCCUCUUUCAAAGUCAUCUGACUUGGUGGCCAUCUCCACAUUAACUCUGUGCUGUGUUCAGAAAUGCUUUCUUUUGUCUGUGUUGAACUGAGCAACAACUGAGCAAUGCACGACAGCAGUUCCCAGUGCAGCUGAAGAGGACUCUUCCAUCUCCUAUCCCAGGCUUCCUCAAACUCGGCCCUCCAGAAGUUUUGAGACUAUAAUUCCCAUCAUCCCUGACCACUGGGUCCUGCUAGCUAGGGAUCAUGGGAGUUGUAGGCCUAAAACACCUGGAGGGCCGAGUUUGAGGAAGCUUGUCCUAUCCAUUCAUCUGCAUUCGGUUUUGUUUUGUUUUGUUUUUUGCAGGUUUGAUCAAAUCAUAGGAGGCUUUGAUCAACUGCCAACAGCCAUUUACAGAAACAUUUCAAAAAGGGUGCAAUUAUGUAGCAAAGUGGUCAGGAUGGAGCAGGCAGGCGAGAGCGUCACCGCGGUUUAUCAAACCGCCAACAAAGCACUGUUCAGCGUGACGGCCGAUUACGCCGUGGUCACCUCCACCGCCAAGGCCACGAGGCGCAUCCAUUUUGAGCCGCCCCUGUCGCGUGACAAAAGCCACGCCUUGCGGUCCAUCCACUACAGGAGCGCCACCAAAGUCUUCCUCGCUUGCACCGAGAAGUUCUGGGAAGCUGACGGGAUCCGCGGUGGGAAGUCCACAACUGAUCGCCCGGCCCGAUUCGUCUACUACGUCAGUCAAAACUUUUCUGGCGACGUUGGGGUUGUCUUGGCUAGCUACGUCUACAGUGACGACUCCAGUUUCUUUCAUUCCCUCAGCCAUGAUGACAUCAUUAGCAUCAUCCUGGAUGACCUGUCCGCCAUCCACCGGCUGCCCAAGGAUUACAUCCAGGCUGCGUGCCAGUCAUGCGUAAUAAAGAGGUGGAGCUUGGAUAAGUAUUCCAUGGCUGGCUUUGCUUCCUUCACCCCUUACCAGUUUGUCGAUUACAGCGAACCUCUCAAGGCGCCAGAAGGCAGGAUCUAUUUUGCUGGGGAACACACUACCCAAGUCCACGGCUGGCUGGACUCCGCAAUCAUGUCAGGGCUGAGGGCAGCAAGAGAAAUCAACCUCGCAUUUGAGAAGCAGCAUUUUUUGAAUCGGGACAAGUCAAAAUAUUGCUAUGAGUUUGGGGAGAAGGAAGUAGGCUAUAUGCGAGAUCCUUCUAACCGCUGGAUCCAGGAAGUUGAUGGAUUAUGUGGAACUGACUAAUCUGACAAACAAGCUACAGGACAAGGGGAACUGUGACUUUAAAGAUGAAUUGGAACCCUUUACAAAGUAUUUGAAGACACAACAAAGCAAACUGGGCUCCUUGGCUGGUUUUGAAUAAACAUUCACAAACUUUUUAUUGAUAAUAAUCAGCUAAAUAGUUUGAGGAUCUAUACAACUGUGUAACAUGCAGAAAACAGCAUUUCUAGAGAAAUCAAAGACUGGAACUGAGGGAAGUCGAGGGGUG